CAGGCGGAGCGUGUGGGCACUUCUCGGCGACGGGGGUCGGCGGCGCUGAGAGGCAGGUGCCGCGGCAAUGGAGAAACUCCGGCGGGUGUUGAGCGGGCAGGACGACGAGGAGCAGGGGCUGACGUCGCAGGUGCUUGAUUCUUCAACUCUUAGUUUUAGUACUCGAGUCAAAUGGUUUGCUAUCUGCUUUGCAAGUGGCAUUGUGUGUUCCAUUCUUGGGACAGCAAUGCUUUGGCUCCCAGGCGCUGGCACAAAACUCUUUGCAGUGUUCUAUACCUUAGGAAAUAUUGCUGCAUUAGCCAGUACGUGCUUCUUGAUGGGCCCUGUGAAACAACUGAAAAAGAUGUUUGAACCAACAAGAUUAAUUGUGACAAUUGUUAUGCUGUUGUGUUUUAUCUGUACCCUAUGUGCUGUGUUCUGGUGGGGUAAGAAAGGGCUAGCUCUGCUCUUCUGCAUUCUGCAGUUCUUGGCAAUGACCUGGUAUAGUCUAUCAUAUAUCCCUUAUGCACGGGAUGCAGUGAUAAAAUGUUUCACGUCCUGCCUAGGUUAAAGUGAACUGAGAAGAAAUCUGCAAUAUUUUUGGAAGCCAACUACAUUUCUUCCAAGUUUACUUGGAUUGUUUCAGCGCCUGAAAUGGUGAAAUCCACCUUCCACAAUAGAUUAAAUUGUGUUAGCAAAAUAAUCUUUUAAAAACACACAGCACUGGCACAUCAGGAAACCUUUAAAUAUUUGUUCUUAAAAUAUUUGGUAAUGUCGGAGUCUUAAAACUGUUGCAUCAGGUUUGGCUAACAUAGUUUAAUCUCAAAACUAGAUCAAAGUAGUCUUUGGAUUUCAGGUAAAAUGCAUGUAAAUACUUUUGUCUAAAAUUUGCUAUUUAUCGUACCAUUUGUGCAUUAUUGUUACAUGCUUUUCCCAAAGAAUUUUAAAAUUAUUGUAAAAUGAAGUAUUUGCCAAAUUUAUAGCUAAUGGGGCUUUUUUGAAAAGUUAAAGUAUGUGUUAGCCUGAAAAGACUGUAAAUGUGUAAGGCUGUUUUAAAAUGCUUGAACUUCUUGUUAAGCUUAUAUUUUAAAUGCCAACUUUUUGUACUGUGAUACUUAAAAUACACUUGACUAAAAGUGCUUAUGAGUAAUAUAUUAAAUCAUUGACUACAAAAUAAAUAUACUUUAAAAAUA